AUGAAUCUGCUCAGAGGAGCUGCGUUCCUGCUGACACUCUACACUGUUGUCUGUUCUGUGGAGACAUGCAUCUGCGAGAAGAACAAGCGUGUCAUCAACUGCAGGGAGGCCAACGGCGUGUGCUGGUGCGACUCGAUCGGCACUGGUGUCUCUGUGAACUGCGGCACUUUGACCUCAAAAUGCCUGUUGAUGAAAGCAGAAAUGGCACACACAAAAUCAGGUCGUCGUGAGAAACCAAAAGAUGCAUUUGAAGAUACUGAUGGUCUUUAUGAUCCCGAGUGUGAAAACAAUGGUGUUUUCAAGGCAAAGCAGUGCAACGGAACCACCUGUUGGUGUGUGAACACAGCUGGUGUUAGAAGAACUGACAAACAUGAUGAAGACCUGAAGUGCAACCAGUUAGUCAGAACAAUGUGGAUCAUCAUUGAAAUGAAACACGCUGAGAGAAACUCUCCUCUGAGCACUGAAUCUUUAGACAAGUUCUUCAAGGAUAUCAUUACCAAGCGUUACCAGCUGAAUGGACGCUAUAUCACUAAUGUUCUGUAUGAGAAACCAUACAUUACUAUUGAUUUGAAGCAAAAUUCUACAGAGAAAUCUGCAGGAGAUGUAGAUAUAGCUGAUGUGGCCUACUACUUUGAAAAAGAUGUAAAAGGUGACUCCCUCUUUCAAAAUAACAAUCUAAACAUGAGUAUUGAUAAUGAGGCCCUGCUUUUUGAGAAGACUGUGGUCUACUAUGUUGAUGAAAUAGCACCAGAGUUUUCCAUGAAGUCUCUGACUCCUGGCCUCAUUGCUGUCAUUGUAGUAGUGAUAGUAGCAAUAGUUGCUGCUAUUGUUGUUCUGGUCUUAACAAGGAGGAGGAAAGGGAAGUACGUGAAAGCAGAGGUAAAGGAAAUGAAUGAAAUGCAUAGAGGACUGAAUGCUUAACUAAAUCAGCUGAAGACAGAGUAAGAUUCAAAGAUGACAACAGAAACUAUUGGAGGCAGGAUGCUUAACUCUAGAAAGAGUCCUUCUAACAGCCAAGACUGGUAACUGUGCCACUACUUAAACUAUUUGUCGAGAGUUAAAUCUUAAGCGCCCCAUCUUACUCAAGUCAACCUUUUAACUAUUGCUCCCCAAUUUUAUUUUUUGGUUUUUUAUGAUGAAAUGAGUUAACAACUGCUGUUACUAGGGUUAUGGAGCAUAGAUGCUCAAAUGGCUAUUUUACCUUUGUGGGAGGUUUAUUAAAGUAAUGGGUUUUUUUGCAGCUGUGUAAUGAGGCUGUUGCCUGUAUAACUGAACUGUUUUUAUGGCUGUCUGUAUAUAGUUGAAGUUGCUGUA